AUUGCUACAGUCUAACCAUUUUGCCACCACGGCUCUUAUAACCUGGGUUAUAAACAAAUAAAUGCAUGAGGGUGUUUAUGGGCACAAAUUUACAACUUCUAACCUAACUUGUUUUCCUUAUUAUUUCUUGUUGACACAAUUUUCUUCUUCCAAGAAAGUGAGAGCACGCUAGUCAAUAGUCUAAAUGUACCUAAUGCAUCUUUGGAACUUCCUAGCAGCUUUAAUUUACAAUCUGUUUCCCAGAUGAAGAAUAUUUUUCGGAAGCUGGAAAAACAUGAGAUCCAACCUUAUGAAAUUGCAUUAGUUCACUGGGAAAAUGAAGAGAUCAGCUAUAGAAGAGGAGAAGGACAGUCAAAACUUCAUAGAGGAGAAAUCUUGAUAAAUUCAGAAUUAGAAAUGGAUGAUUUCAUUUUAGAGAAGUUUGCUUUUUCCAAUGCUCUCUGCCUUUCUGUAAAACUGGCCAUUUGGGAAGCAGCACUGGAUAAUUUUGUAGAAUCUAUUCAAUCAAUACCUGAGAUGCUUAAAUUAAGAAAGAAACUGAAACUGUCUCAUGCUGAUGUUAUGCAGAAAAUUGGGGAACUGUUUGCCUUGAGGCAUCAUAUAAAUCUGAGUUCUGAUCUGUUGAUUACCCCAGAUUUCUACUGGGACAGAGAACAUCUUGAACAACUGUAUGAUAAAAUGCAUCGGUUUCUCAGUAUUGAUCGCAGAGUUAAGGUAGUAAAUGAAAAGCUCCAGCAGUGCACAGAACUGACAGAUCUGAUGAGAAAUCAUUUGAAUGAAAAACAUGCUCUGCGCUUGGAAUGGAUGAUAGUAAUACUCAUCACAAUAGAGGUCAUGUUUGAACUUGGAAGAGUGUUUUUCUGAUACCAGGUGUACAUUGCAACACACAUUUUACAAGACUAGUCGCUAUCCGAGCAACAAGUUUAUUGGACUUCAACUUUGUCUAUUUUGGAAAGUGAGCAAAUGUCAUGAUAAAUUUAUGGACAUUUGCUACAAAAUGAUGGGAGUCAAUGCAUUUAAUUUCAUAUUUCAUCAGUAACUAUGUUUCUUGGAAUUGAUGGUGUAAAAACAUUGUGAAGCUGGUUUUCUAUCUUACGGAUGCAGAUUAUCUGUUAUAUUACAGGAAAAGGAUAUAUAUACAGUAUGUACGACAUUGAGCAGUUUUCUAUAUAUGAGCUGCACGUUUUUUCACAAUACAUUCAAUAGAAUUAAGAAAAAUAUGUAUAUAAUAUGCUAUUAUGUAUAUGGGGAUAGAAAACCUAAUCCUAAUAUUGUUCAUUUGUGAAGGAAGUUAAAAUUAGAAAUUCUCUUCAGCUAAAAUUGUAACUGUCUUUGGAACUGUUUAAUCAUAAAGAUUUUGUAAAUUCAGAUAUUUCAAGAAGCAAGAGAAAUUUAAUCAAAGCAAAGUAUUUGACUUUACUGCCUUAGACAAAUUUUCCUCAGUAACCAUUAUGCAUGUAUGAAUACCGACUGAAAAGCUGUGAAAUAAAAUAAUGGUUGUAAAAAAA